UUUGGGAGACCAUUUGAAUAACUUGCAAUGAUCUUCCAUGCAAGCAGAUCAAGGCAGACUCAGCAGUAAUCACCAGGCAGAGGCUGCUCUAUGUGUUCCAACACAGUCCAGCCAUGGACGAAGGCAAAACACUGAAAAUCCGGCUAACUUUCUCCGUUAUUUUGGUUGGUGUUGCUUUAUUGUUUGCAGCUGUGGUGACUGAUCAUUGGGCAGUGCUGAGCCCUGAAGUGCUGCACUACAAUGCCACCUGUGAGGCUGCUCAUUUUGGGCUAUGGCGGCUUUGCACAAAACGGAUUUACGUGCAGGAUACUAAAGAGAAGGGCUGUGGACCGAUCAGUCUGCCAGGAGAACGUAACUGUUCCUACUUCAAACAUUUCACACCAGGACAAAGUGCAGAGAUAUUUGAAGUAAGCACGCAAAGAGAAUAUAGUAUUUCAGCUGCAGCCAUUGCAAUCUUCAGUGUCGGUUUUGCAAUCAUUGGAACGAUCUGCGUCCUCUUAUCCUUUAGGAAAAAAAUGGAUUAUCUCCUGAGGCCAGCCUCCAUGUUCUACACUUUUUCAGGUCUCUGCAUUAUCAUCUCUGUUGAAGUCAUGAGACAGUCUGUGAAAAGGAUGAUUGACAGUGACGAGACAUCCUGGAUUCAGUACUAUUAUUCAUGGUCUUUUGCCUGUGCCUGUGCCUCUUUUGUCCUGCUCUUUGUCUGUGGAAUUGCUCUUCUCCUAAUCGCCUUGCCUCGCUUCCCCCAGAACCCAUGGGAGACCUGUAUGGAUGCAGAACCAGAGCACUAAACACAUUCAUCGCAGAUCUCUAGCUCUGCUCUGCCAGAGAGUAUUGUAAAAGAGGUUUAUUUAAUGUCUGGAUGGCAGCGUACGAAGACAAAAGUACCUUUAUAUAAAACCUGAUCAUUGAACCAAAGGAAAGUUCAAUCCUAAUUAUUGUUUUAAAAAAGCAUUAAGAUCAACAGGUUGGGUAUUAUGUAAAAUAACUGUGCUCUACUACACCUAAAAUUUCUGCCUUCAACCUAUUAAAGGCUGAGAGAGGUAAUUUGCAGUCUGGGAAUACUUUGUGCAAAUGAAAUGGAGGGAAAAUGUGAGGGAGGUUGUUUAAUGAGAAGCUAUAUAUUCUAGCGGUUAAAGCACAGGACUGGAAGCUGGGAUAGCUAAGCCAAGCAAUCUUGGCUUGGCAGCAAACACACCGUGCAAUUUGAGCUUCUCAGUGAGUCAGUUUCCCCAUCUGUACAAUGGGAAUAAUGUUUCUCUACCUCACAAGGAUGUGGUGAGGCUUAAUCUACUAAUGUCUGUAUAUAAUAUAGAGCUCUUCACAUUGUAAGGGUUAUAUUGUAGUUACAGUAAAAGAGGUUUUUGCCUACUUUAGGGAUUAAAAUUGACCUUCCAGUUGUACAUCCGAAAGGUCUGCAAAUCAUUUUCACUUCUGAACUAGGAAUGUAAAAGUCAUAUAAUUCCUAUUCGAUUUGAACUCCGAUGGCAAAGCCAAGCAAGUAUUGAACAACACGGAUAAUAUCUUCCUUUAAUAAAGAGGCGUAAUCUUCCACUGAGAUAUAAUUUCUGCUUUCUGGACAGUGGUUUGGAUGGAUGAGCCACAUGAGUGUCUGCUAUGCCGUAGCUCUGAGUGGAACUGGCUGUACGUAGUUUCACAGUCAUUUCUUGUUAUUGAACUUUUGUUGGAAUAUUGCAGUCUUCUAGAUGACUGUUUUGCAAAAGAAAAUGUACAGUCUUUUGCUAAAUGCAGUAUUUGGAACAACUACACACGAAACAUAAUUCCAGAGCGUAAUAAGAUGGGGACAGCCAUAUUUCUUGUCUUGGCCCAAUAAAUUAAUCUGGGUAAGGGAUUCAGAAUGAGGGAAGGGAUUUGCGUUCACCAAACAUCAGUGACCUGACCUUAUUUUGAACUGAUGGACAUUUGGAAUAAGUGAGAUCUGGUGAUAUGGUUACUGCAUCUUAAAACCCCCCAUGUAGGGGCAGAGUUCCACUGAAUUACAUUAAACUCAUCUAACAAAGGCUUACACUCCCGUGGCAGGACAGGUGGAAUGUCCUCUGCCGUGAUGGAAAGACAUGCCCGCAGUCUGCCUCCAUGGUUCACCCAAUAAUUUAAGUCCAUCUUAUAUUCUUCAGUAAAAAAAAUAGUUUUUCUUUUUUUCAAUUCAGUCAGACGAGUGCUAUCCAGUGGUCAGCAUACUCUUUACUGCUGCAUGUGAUGUGUUCAGGUAUGUUUUGUAUUAAUUAGCAAGAACAAUGUGUGUAUUAGAUAAACAGCACAACAGAUGGGGCUCCAAGUCCCUGGCUGCAUGCUCCCAUGCUUGUGUUAUUAAGAAAGGGCCUGCUCCAAAUCUGCAGAAAGCCCAUGGACAAAUGCCUGCUAACUUGAAUGGGCUGUGUACAAAAUGGGGUAGGAAAUGUUGCCCAGGUACAUGUCCACUUUGCACAGGUAUAAAAGAGAGCACAGUGCAAGGCAGACCCACUGUACUUUCAGUUAAAAGCUGAGCUAGAUCCUUUCCCAAAGCUCUUGAACUCUCUGUGCUUUAUUUUCUAUCUGCUGCAUUUGAAGGGGCUUCUGGAUGCAUAAUUUGCUAUUUAAAUACAUAACCUGUAAGGCUGAGAAGCGUGUGUAUGACUUCAUUUUGCUUUUCCAGAUAUUAAUAAAAACUGCUGAGGGAUUUGUCC